AUGACUUCUGUAUCUGAUGGAACUGGAUAUCCUUCCAAGACCCAGUUCACAGAGCUGGAGUUAGGUGCAUCCGAGGUCAAAGAUGAAGGCUCCCUGCCCAGCCAGGAUCCAUUUGGUGACGAGACCAAUGUUGGGAUGAAAUACAGAACGAUGACUUGGUGGUCAGUGAAGUUUGGAUUUCCUGGCCAGGGUCCGAUAUUAACCCUGCAUCUAGGCAAGCCGGCAUGA